GCAGUUGUGGGCACCAUGACAACGAGGGCUCCUCUCUGAUUGGCUGAGAGCUUAAAAAGGCACAAAGUCCUUCAGUGCAGGUAUCACAGAGCCGCUCACUCACUCACCGACUCUUCUCUUGCACAGGAAGCAGGAGAUGGAUAACUGAGUAACGCACGCAGAUUCACACAGAGUGAACCACAACAAUCUGUGCCACUAACCUCAGAUAAAAUCAGGGCACUAAGAUGCCCAAAAGCGAUACCUGGCCAGGUGGCAUUGGAUUGGAGACGAUGACCAGCAUGGACAGUGCUGGCAGCUGUGACAGUGUUGUCAGCGCCAAUUCUGGCUUUAGUGAUGAUAGUCUGGAGUACCUGUCUGCUGAGGAGAAAGCCUGUCUCAUGUUUUUGGAGGAGACUAUUGAGUCUUUGGAUACUGAGGAGGACAGUGGACUGUCCAAUGAUGAACCUGACCAACUGCCCAACCCUGGCAACAUUGCUAACAAACUGGCUGACCUGUCAGCCUCCAUGGGCAAAAACAAGCUCAACAGUUCACAGAAACAUGCCUCUAAGGAACCCAUGAAGCAAAAUGUUGACACCAAACCCAUGCAGAGCUACCUGGUCCCUACACCUUUUGUUGUGGCAAGAAGCUCUCCAUGUUCUGUACCCAUUGCUAAGCAGAGUGUCCCUCCAGACAAAAAUCUCAGCUGUCCACCUCAGUUCACGUCUUCAAUCAAACAACCUGGUCACAAACACAACCAGAAACCUGUUGCGCCCCAAGUACCUUUAGAGGUUAAUGUUGUGAUGCUUCCUCCUACUAAAUCCAGGGACUGCUCAGUUCGGACAACUGAAGGUCCUUUACAUAGAGGUCCUCUGUCCUAUGAGGCACUUUUUCAUCUGCGGAGGAGUGCCUCCACAAAGAAGACGCCUUUAUGUCCCACCAUCGAUCAUACUAUAGACUUGGACAAGCAACUUCCUGUAACAGCGGAAGGCCCAAACCUUGGAAAUCUUCUAAGAUUCGGCAGAUCCAACUCAGAGGCUUUCAUGUCUAAGACAGGUCCUCCAGUUGUGGCCCCCAAACCCAAAAAGAUUCCUGCCAACAUAUCUAUGAAAACACAAAAUGAAGCAGCCAUAACCUCUGACUCUUCAUACGGUGUCAAGCAUGCAACAGACCCCCAGGUCGUGAGACUGGAAGCUUUGCAGAAGCUGGGACUCCUGAAAGAUCAACAACCAGAAAACGAGACAGUAGCCCCACUGCCUCCCCCGAAAUCUCCCUCCUCUCUGGACCCAACCCCAAACAGAUUUACAAGAGGUCCAUCUAACAUUAAUCCGUCAAGUAAUCCAUCGUUUUCUCAUUCUCAAGUGCCCUCUGAGCCCAAGAACAGACCUCUGCAGAGCAGUGCCAGUUUCCAUCACUACUCCAGACCUGACAAACAGCCUGCGUCUGUAUCGCAUCCUGCUCAAUCCAACGGAGCAAAGGCAGCUGGUCUGGAGCGCUCUGCUACCAUGGACAACCACAGAAACGGUGGAAGAUGCCCUGAACCACGGUACACCACUGCAGCUCAGCCCCAAAAACCCUCAAACUCAGUCGGAUAUACUGUGAUGGUGGUGCCUGGGAUGGGAGCUGAUCGAAAAGAAGCACUCAGAAAGCUCGGACUGCUCAAAGACUAAAAACAGAUGAACAGCAGAAGUCUGCCUGCGUAAGUGCUCAGAAAGAGUUCAAGAGUACUAUCAGCUUAAAGAGAGUUAGAGCAUUAAGGGGGAACUUGGCACUUUGGCAAACUGAAGUAGAAGAUGAUGAAGAAGAGGAAGAAUUUAAAAAGGGAAAUACCUGCACUUUUAAUGUAGGUUGCAGUUAAUCACUUACUUGAGGGCCGUUUUUAAUUAAAAUAUUGUUCUUAUGUAGGUUUCAACAGUACCUGAAAAUGCACCUUACACAGUUUAAACCCCGGAACCUCCUCGUAUUUCAGUAAAAUGUUAAUGUAAUGCCAUCUAAUUAGAAUCUCUUGGUGUUUGAUAUAACAAAUUUCAGUAAGAUAUAUAACUUGAUAAGGCACAACAGAACAAAUCAUCAACAGUACUUUAAACAUCAGUAUAUUGUUGAAGUUAUAGCCUUCGCUCUUCCAUCCCCAAAUCAGAUGGAGCAUUGGUUUUCUGCAUACACUCGUAUGCACGUACACGUUUAUGGCUAUAAGAAAUUAUUUGUAAGAAGCAAAACAAGACACAUUUUAUAUUGGUGGUAACAUACUGAAGCCAUCCAUAUUGUGGCUUUCCAUUAAUCUUGUUCCUUCCCCAUCAUACUGUACAUAAAAUGCUGCUCCGCUGUACUUCUACUUAAAGGAAACAUUUUAAUUUUAUAAAUCACAGAUGUGCCUAUAAUUGGAUUGUUGAGUACAUUCUUUGGAGCAAUCACUUUAUGCUGCUCAUAAUUAUUGUAAAAUGAAAUUUGGAAGUGUUUUGGGGUGAUUUUUCAGAGUUUUCUAACCUUUAGUAGCUACCAGCAGUACAUUGUUAUUGAGAUCUGAUGUAUAGAAAGCUCACCGAUAUGUUUCUACUAUUUUAUACAGUAUAUAUGAUUCAGGUGGUUUUAAAGAUGUGACAAACAGUCCAUGUAACUGCCUUCAUUGUCUAAAUACUGGAAAAAAUCAAAUGAUAAUGUGAUUAUUUUUACCUUCUCUAUUUCCAUAAAUGCAAGUGAAAAUAAAGAAGUCUGCAUCUUA